UUCAAAAUGGCGGGUGCUAGUAAACCGGGCACCGAUGUUGGUGGUUCUUGGCCAAAAUCAUGGCAAGUUGCGCUCGCUAUUGGGGCUCCAUUGGCAAUCGGGGCGGCAGUGGGAGCCUACUUCUAUCACAGGAGAAGUUCUGACAAAAUUGGCGGGGAAACAGCUGGUAAAACAGGGUCUGAUUUGACCGGGGACGAUCCCGCACCGUUAACGGACGAACGGACUCCCGAAGAGAAAGCCCAGAGUAGCAAGAACAAGGGCAAUAAGUACUUCAAAGCGGGUCGCUAUGACCAAGCUAUUGCCUGCUACAAUGAGGCCAUCGACCUUGUCCCUCGGGAUAAGACCAAAGAUCUCUCCACUUUCUACCAGAACAGAGCUGCGGCGCAUGAGCAGUUGAAAAACUACGCUCAAGUUGUAUCUGACUGCAGUAAGGCACUGGAGCUCAACUCUCGAUACGUCAAGGCGUUAUUCAGACGUUCUAAAGCAUUUGAGAAUAUGAAUCUGAAGAUGCAAUGUCUGGAAGAUGCUACUGCAGUGUGUAUCUUGGAGAACUUUACUCACGGCCAAAGCAUGAUGCUAGCAGAUAAAAUGCUGAAAGAGCUCGGCAAGGAAAGAGCACAGCAGCGAUAUGAGGAGCGAGUUCCAAGUCUACCCUCAGGGCAGUUCAUCCGCUCCUACUUCUCAUCCUUCUCGGAUGAUGGCAUCUCACAAUCUGAAGACGGAUACGAAGAAGGUGGAGGGGAUAAUGGGAGCAACACUGGGUACCGGAAGGCCCUGCAUCUCUUCACCAGCGGUGAGUACGAGGGUGUGCUCGAAGCUUGCGAUGAUGAGAUCCUGAGGGAAGGAGAUAAACUAGCAGAGGCCUUAUUAAUGAGAGCGACUUUCUUCCUGCUGAAGGGACAAGCCACUGAGGCUAGACCCGAUCUGGACAAACUUAUCUACAUGGAAGACGGGAAUAAGAAGUUGCGAGCUAAUGCUCUGAUCAAGCGUGGAAGCAUGCACAUGCAGGAGGGCAACUCCACUGAUGCGAUGAAUGACUUCGCUACGGCUGUCAGGAUCGAUCCGGAUAAUGCUGACAUCUACCACCAUAGAGGACAGCUCAACCUCCUUCUAGACAGAAUCGACGACGCGGCCCAAGACUUUGAGAAAUGCAACAAACUGAACAGCAAUUUUGCCCUGGCCCAUGCCCAGUACAGCUACGCCAAAUACAGACUGGCCCUCGUACACCAGAGCCCAAUGCAGCUACAGGCAGCGAUGCAGCAACUAGAGAAUAGCACUAAGACGUUUCCUACGUGUGCUGAGGCCUUCGCAUUAUACGCUCAGGCCCAGAGCGAUCAGGGACAGUUUUCCGUUGCUGACGAGCACUUCCAGAAAGCUAUAGUCUUAGAGCCGGAUAACCCAACAGCUUACGUACAUAGAGGACUUCUACACCUAACUUGGAAGAAGGAUGCUGACGGAGCUAUAGGGAUGAUUAAGAAGGCUUUGGAGAUUGACAGCAAGUGUGACUUUGCGUAUGAGACACUGGGGACCAUUGAAGUACAGAGAGGCAACAUGUCCUCCGCCAAAGACUAUUUCGAGAAGGCAAUUGAUCUAGCUCGGACGGAAAUGGAAAUGGCUCAUCUAUUCUCUCUAAGCGUGGCAGCCGAAGCUCAGCGCAACGUCACCACAAAGUACAACAUUCAACCACCAGCUCCAAUCCUCUAAAGACCACUCUAAGCUGAAGAUCAGAGCCCAGUUUCAUAGAGCUGCUUAGCGGCUGAUUUUGUGCUUAUUGUAUGAUUUCCAUUCCAUAGAGCUGCUAACUGUAAGCACACGAAAAGGCGUGCUAACCUUCCGGUGCUUACUGUACGAAAAUUAAUGACGUCACAUUGCAGAUUCAUGGUGAACGUGCAAUAUAGCCCCCUAAUUUUUCUGCUUACCUGUGAAAUACGCUUGUACCCUAGCAAAUAUUUGUGCAACAGUAAGCACGAAAAUUUGCUUAUAGUUAAGCAGCACUAUGAAAAUGGUCCAUAUCGCUUAGUCUCCUUCAUAGCAAUCAUCAACCGAUUUGAGAUAAGCGUAAAGAUCUGCUGAGCAUCGUAAAUUUUGCUAAAGCUACGGCUGUAAUUUUUGCCCACUGUCAGUUUGCAAACUAUUAGUUCAAAAAGAAAUAGUAUUUCUGAGUACUUAAAAAAAAAAAUACACAGAAAUGAAAGGAAAUUACUGGUACUUCAGAAGAGUCAAGCAAAGAAGUUAUGGAAAACCUCCCCUUUGUUGACACUUUUUAUGAUUGCCGCCUCCACCCCAAAUAAAAUGCUUGCAAUAUACGACCUUUUAAACCCAGUACUCCAGUUGAUAUGCAUUUAUAAGAAGUUUGAAAUGUGUUAAGAUCGCCAUCUGUUGAACUUUUUGAAAAAGCUUUAAAAGUACAGGGCGUGUUUGGGGGGGAUUGGCCUCAACUUUUAAACUGUGUUUUUGUUUGAACGGACCCAUUGCACUGGCUAUACUGUCUGCCACGCUUGCCAUUUGGGCGUCAAAUUGCACAAUCAAAUCGUGGUAAGCAGGUAAGCAUAACCAAUAAUGUAAUGCUGCAAAAUCCAAAAAUGCGCACUACACUGUAUAACACAUUGGGACAUAAGCCUCAAAAUGAUGCAGCCAAGAUUGUUAGGGUGAUGAUAGGAACUGAUCUGGGCCCAAUUUCAUAAAACCUGUCAGCACAAAGACUUGAUAAGCAAAUAAAAGUAUCGCUUAACAGAAACAGGUUACCAGCCAAAAUUACAUUGAGUUUACAUUGGUGUGACUGGUGCCCCAUUAAAUAUUUGCUUAGCAAAGAAAUUUUUCGAGGAGUAUUUUUCUGCUAAACAGCUUUUAUGAAAUUGUUCCCUGUCGGCAGUGUGAACUUCAUCUUCAAUUCAAGUACAUUUUGGUGGAGACGCUAUGAAGUAAUCAGAAAUAUUUUUCUGUACAUACUAUCGCUCAUGUAGACAGGUCAGGCGUUGUCUAAAGUUGACGCAUAGGAGAACAGAUACCACUUCUGGCUCCCCCAUCUUUUCAGAAUCAACAAACCUUAUGCAUUGACGUCAUCAUUAAUAAUAAUAAUAAACGGCUUUUAAACAGCGCCCUUAACCCCAAAAGGGUUCCGAGGUGCUUCACAGAGGUUAACAAAUAUUAAGCUACAGUAAUACAGACCAAUUUAAGAAAAACAGAUUAAAAAUGAUUAAGAAAAUUACAACCGACCAAAGUCAAUUAUUAAAAAGUUAAGCAAGUAAGAACAAUGCUGGACAAUUUAAGAUAAACAGAUUAAAAAUGCUUAAGAAAAUCAGGAAAAUCAAGCCAUCAUCUUAGAGGUGAACCGACGAUGAAACAAGAUUUGAACGCAAGGCGCACAGAAUUGGCCAAUAAUUAACCUUUGGACCUCGAGGUGAGGGUGUAAUACUCAAAUGACGUCAUGUGCUAAUGGUCUAUAUCAUAAUUAUCUUCAGGAUUUUCUAACCUUCAACUUUCCUCACUUUAUUACAAAGUUAACGAAGCCGCGACUAACUCUCUUCACAUGGUAACACUUUUUACACUUUGUUCAUAGUUAUGUACAGGGCCAACUUAUAUGGCUCUGCUUGCUGCCAAAUUCUGCGCUUACGAUCACCAUUCGCCGCUUACCUGCAAGUGCCAAAAUUUUGCGCUUGCUGUGUAAGCGUAGAAUGCCUAGUUAGGUGAAAAAAUUCUUUUCUUACCACUGAAAAACAUUGACGUAAGCACAGACUUCCCUGCUUCUGUAAGCGCUGAUUAUUUGCUUACGGUAAGCAGAGCAAUGAAAUUGGGACCAGGUCUUAGCCAAUCAUUGUAUAUCAGCAAUUAUUUAAAGUGGUGGGUCUAGGCCGGGAGUUUUACUUUCGAAAGGGCAAGGCCAUUUCCAUUUUCAGACAAGAUAUUCUUCCUACUGAAGUCUGCUUAAUACAAAUUUGUUGUAUUUAAAAAAAAGAAAGUUCAGGGCAAAAGACAAUAUUUUCUUUAAAGGCAGUGGACACUAUUGA